CUCGAUCAGUGUAACCGUGGAGCAGUCGUUGCCCUUAGAUUUCUUUGGGCAUUUUUUUUUUAUUAAAACCUCCGUGGUGCAGCAGCAGCAGCUUACUUUCUGAAAUUCCAACAUUCUAAUUCGAGAGAGAGAGAGAGAGAGAGAGAGACCAUAACCAUAAGACCUAACUAUCAUGGCCAUCGCACCCAACGCUUUGUUUUCUUCAAACUUCCUCGGACGGAAGUUUUUACUAUCGCCCCCAACCCCCAAAACAACCAAACCAUCCGUUCCGUUACCGUUAUUUUUCAAGGGAAGGUUUUUUUUAAACUCUCAGAAGCCUAAUAAUAAUUAUAAUGAUACAUGUUCACAGGCUGCUUUAGCUGCUCUUAUCUUCUCCUCUGUGAAUCUUAGUGUGACCCAUCAAGCUCUUGCUGCAGAUAACGUUACCCUUCCACCCGUAAUUGAAGCUCAACAAAACAAACUGAACCCCUCAAAUUCCUCUCCUUUCUCUCAGAAUCUUCUCCUCACAGCACCCAACCCACAAACCCAGACCACUUCUGACCUCCCCGAAGGUGGCCAGUGGCGUUACGGUGAGUUCUUGAAUGCCGUCAAGAAGGGUAAGGUCGAGAGAGUUAGGUUCAGCAAAGAAGGUUCUACCCUUCAACUCACCGCCGUUGAUGGUCGCCGAGCCUCUGUCAUCGUGCCCAAUGACCCUGACCUCAUCGACAUUCUGGCCAUGAACGGCGUCGACAUUUCCGUCUCAGAAGGUGAUUCCGGUAAUGGCUUGUUUAAUUUCAUCGGGAACUUGCUAUUCCCGUUCCUCGCAUUCGCAGGUUUGUUCUUGCUGUUCCGCAGAUCCCAAGGCGGGCCUGGUGGGCCAGGUGGGCUUGGAGGGCCCAUGGAUUUCGGGCGAUCAAAGUCCAAGUUUCAAGAAGUACCGGAAACCGGUGUGACCUUCGGUGACGUGGCCGGAGCUGACCAAGCGAAGCUUGAAUUGCAGGAGGUGGUUGAUUUCCUGAAGAACCCGGAUAAGUACACAGCACUGGGUGCGAAGAUUCCAAAAGGGUGUCUUCUGGUGGGGCCACCGGGUACUGGGAAGACCCUUUUGGCAAGAGCAGUGGCAGGUGAAGCUGGUGUGCCAUUCUUUUCGUGCGCGGCUUCAGAAUUCGUGGAAUUGUUUGUGGGUGUUGGUGCUUCAAGGGUGAGGGAUUUGUUUGAGAAGGCAAAGUCGAAGGCGCCGUGCAUUGUUUUUAUUGAUGAAAUUGAUGCCGUUGGGAGGCAGAGAGGGGCAGGACUCGGAGGUGGGAAUGAUGAGAGGGAACAAACUAUUAAUCAGCUUUUGACGGAGAUGGAUGGGUUUUCUGGUAAUUCGGGUGUCAUUGUUUUGGCUGCAACUAAUAGACCGGACGUUCUUGAUUCAGCAUUGUUAAGGCCUGGCCGGUUUGAUAGGCAAGUCACCGUAGACAGACCUGAUGUUGCCGGCAGAGUUAAAAUCCUUCAGGUGCAUUCUAGAGGAAAGGCACUUGCAAAGGAUGUUGACUUUGAAAAAAUUGCCAGGAGAACCCCGGGAUUUACAGGGGCUGAUCUGCAGAAUUUGAUGAAUGAAGCAGCUAUUCUUGCAGCCAGGCGUGACCUCAAGGAAAUAAGUAAAGAUGAGAUAUCUGAUGCGCUUGAAAGGAUCAUUGCUGGACCAGAAAAGAAAAAUGCUGUGGUCUCGGAUGAGAAGAAGAAAUUAGUAGCCUAUCAUGAGGCUGGCCAUGCUCUAGUAGGUGCUUUAAUGCCUGAAUAUGACCCUGUAGCCAAAAUAUCCAUUAUUCCUCGUGGCCAAGCUGGGGGUCUCACAUUUUUUGCUCCCAGUGAAGAGAGGCUUGAGUCUGGAUUGUACAGUAGAAGUUACUUGGAAAAUCAGAUGGCAGUUGCUCUUGGUGGAAGGGUAGCUGAAGAGGUUAUUUUUGGCCGGGAAAAUGUGACCACCGGAGCUUCAAAUGACUUUAUGCAAGUUUCUAGAGUGGCAAGGCAAAUGGUUGAGAGAUUUGGGUUCAGCAAAAAAAUUGGACAAGUUGCCAUUGGUGGACCUGGCGGAAAUCCAUUCUUGGGUCAACAGAUGUCAACGCAAAAAGAUUACUCCAUGGCAACUGCUGAUGUAGUGGAUGCAGAAGUAAGGGAACUGGUAGAGAAAGCCUAUGCUAGGGCUACGGAAAUCGUCAGAACUCACAUUGACAUCCUUCACAAGCUUGCACAACUUCUCAUAGAGAAAGAAACUGUGGAUGGUGAAGAAUUCAUGAGUCUAUUCAUUGAUGGAAAAGCCGAAUUAUAUGUUGCAUAAUGGUACACUUAAUCCACAGAAUCAUGUAUGUACUAUAAGAUACGCAGAGACAUAUACAUUGUAAGAAUCAAUUAAAUAUUUUAUCAAAUUCAGGAGAUAAAGUUAGC